UCAGAAUUGUCUCACACAUGUUCCAAGUAGGAAAACAUGGGGACACCAGAAAGUAAACUUUGACAUUUUGGAAUUCGUACACCAGCUUUAAACUGCAGUAUUUUUAAUACUAUUACACAGAAAAAUACCUUAGAGCUACAAUAACUACCAAGGACCACAACGAUCAAGUUAGCUCACAAGGGCUAAGGUUAUUGCUAGCUGGCAGACUAGCUAAGCAUUGGUAAAUCUUUGUUACAAGAGUUAUUUUUGACAUACCGUUAUAUCAUAAUGGACAACGAGGACAGUUUAAUACAGCUUCACGGAGACGAAGAGAUCAUUGAAGUCAUCGAGCUGAACGAAACGGAGCAAAAUCCCGACGACCUGGCCGAAGAGCUUGAAGAUGUGGACUUCGGAGACGCGGGGAACGGCGACGCCGACGACGAAGGGUGGGAGACCGAGGACGAGAUGGAGUCGGAGCGAGACGACAGCGAGCUCACCUUCUCCAAACACACAGGCUCCGUGUUCUGUGUGAGCCUAGACCCGGUCACCAACAGCUUGGCCGUGACGGGAGGAGAGGACGACCAGGCCUACGUAUGGAGGCUUAGCGAUGGGGAGGUGCUCUUCCAGUGCACAGGCCACAAGGACUCUGUGACGUGCGCCACGUUCAGCCACGACUCGUCCCUGGUUGCCACGGGAGACAUGAGCGGCAUGAUCAAGGUGUGGAAGGUGGAGGGCCAGCAGGAGGUCUGGUCCUUUGAGGUGGGAGAUCUGGAGUGGCUGGAGUGGCACCCGUGCGCCCCCGUGCUGCUGGCGGGGACGGCUGACGGUAACGUGUGGAUGUGGAAGAUACCGGGAGGAGACUGUAAGACCUUCCAGGGGCCCGGCUGCCAGGCCACCUGUGGAAAGGUGCUACCGGACGGUAAGAGAGCGGUGGUGGGCUACGAGGAUGGGAUGGUGCGUCUGUGGGACCUGAAGCAGGGGAACGCCAGCCACGUCAUCAAAGGCCAGGAUGGCCACAAGGGGGCUCUGACGUGUCUGACCGUCAACAGGGACGGCUCCCUGGUGCUGACGGGCUCUGUGGACGGCUGUGCCAAGCUCAUCAACACAGCCACGGGCAAGGUGGUGGGGGUGUUCUGUGUGGAGGGCUCCCAGGCCAAAGCAGCCCGAGAGGGGGAGGAGGACGACGGCAACUCUGUGGAGUCAGUGGGCUUCUGUCACGUGUUGCCCCUGGUAGCUGUGGCGUAUCUGGAUGGAACUCUGGCCGUAUAUGACCUCUCUACACAGACCCUGAGACACAAAUGCCAACACGAGGCCGGCAUCGUGCACCUGCACUGGGAGGAGUCAUCGUCAGUGGUGUCGACCUGCUGUCUGGACGGCGUGGUGCGUCUCUGGGACGGUCGCUCUGGCAGCCUGGUGUCAGAGUACCGCGGCCACACGGGGGAGAUCCUCGAUUUCACACUCAACAGGGAGGCCUCGAUGGCAGUCACAGCCUCAGGAGAUCAUCAUGCCAAAGUAUUCUGUCUUCAGCGACCUGACCGGUAGAGAGCCGGAGUGAGAGAAGGGGAGAGGUGGAGGAUGGUCAUCCACCCUCUUAUCUCUCCAUCUCAGUCAGAAGUUUAUACCUUUAAACAGACUUCCUCUGUGUUUUCUGAUCUGGAGAUGGAUGGAGAAUCCCCUCCCUCCCUCCCUCUUUAAAAUGCCCUUGUGUGGUAUUUUUCCAUUCAUAACAGAACGUCCUCAGUCUCAGAUGUUCCUUGGUUCCACCUUAGAACCCAAAGAGAACUCACAUCUCCAGGCAUGACCAUCAUGGUGUCAUGCGUGACACACAUUCAUUGUUAUAUUGAUGCCUUUUCAAAGUGUUAAAUUGAAUACAAAUUGAGUUUAAAAUCCUUACGACAUUUAUUUGUUUUCUUUCCCAUGAGGAAGUUAUGUCAACUUUGUUUAAAACCAACAAUGGCUUCAACUCUAUGGUUCAGAAACAUCAAAUAAAAUGAUGUCAACCCAAGUUUCUCCUUUUUUUCA